AAUAAUCAACCAGACAAACUACCCUAUUUUUUUUGGAUGUCACUCGUUAAAUAUUUUAGUUGAAGAAGUAAACGAGAUUAGUUGAGUCUUUGACCAUUUCUGAAGUGAAGGCAUUUCCUUGGCGUGGAAGGAAAGCAUGCGAGGUUGUCAAUGGCGUUGAAUGUUGUCAACUUUUUCUGCUUGGUUUAAAUAAGCCACCAAAACCCCUCGCUGCCAUAUUCCUUUAACCAGCAACCAUCAACAGCCACUAUGGUAAUGGAGUUCACAGCAGAAGCUCCCCGAGAUCCACAAUCUUUAAGAUGCAGUUUACAAGAAGCAGAGGAACAAAUGAAGACGACAAACCGAAAAAUCCAGGAGAUUCAUAUGAGAAUAGCCAAUAAGGAGGACGAAAUAGCCUCCAAAAGGUCGGCCCUCAACAUGCUGAAGAGCUGCAAUGAAUCGUUCAGAUAUGGUGUUUCCUGGAGAAAGGAGACACUGGACCAUCUCCAUCUUGCCCUGGACAAGUUGAGCUUUGCAAACAAUGCAUACCGAGACAAUGUCACAAAGCAUUCGUUCUUAGGAGAGGAAGAAAUCGAUUACCGGAGGAUGAACUUCAAAAUGAUGCAUGGAAAGAAAAGCCUCCAGGCAGAGAGACGAGUCGUGAGGGACAUCAAAACCAAGGAGGGAGAGGAGUCUCACGGUUCCAUGUCCUCGCUGGAAGAUAUUCACUCCAAAAUCAGAGGAAUACAGUACAGGGUGAGGUGCUAUAGUAACGUCAAUGGUAAGGAAGAGCUUCUCAGACAGCUGAAACAACUUGAAAUGGAGAAGGAGAAAGUUAUUGCCAACUGUGUUGCAGGGGAGAAGAUAUGGAGAUCUUUGGGUUCGAAAAACGCCAUUAAAGAACAAAUUGGUGCCAAGCAUAAAGAAGCAGAGGAGUCGAGGUGGGAACACUGGAGAGUGCAGGUUGGGAUUAGACGUGCUAAAGAAAGAUUAGAACAUUUGCAGGAAGAGGAUAGCUCAUUACACAAUCAGCUGAACGAUCUCCGGCGAAGAAAGCAAGAAGUACAUCUGCACAUCCUUGAUCUGAGAGAACAGCAAAAGAAUGAAGUCCAACAGUAACUUGUAACAAGUGUAUGGUUCUGUUUUUGGUCUGGAGCACCACCAAACCAAAUACAACAUGGUUUACUUGGUUUCGUCAAGGAUUAUUUCAUCGUGAGACGUGAGCUACCGAAAGAAAACAAAAAAUUUAUGGAUGUUAGGUCAUUAUCUUACAACAUUGCUACUUGAGGAGGCUGAAAGAUAUUGUAGAGAGUCUGAUUCAGAGAGAAUUUGUUUGCUGGACCAUUAUAAGAAGUUCAAGGGUUAUAACAUGAGUUGUUAUGUGACUACAAAAUUUGUAUAUUGAUCGAUAUGAGUCGUCAUCUGAAAGUUGUUAUGUGACCACCAUUCCAAUUGUUAACUAAUAGAAACCUAUUUUUAGGGUUUUAUCGAUUGGAUUGGGAAUUGAUUGAGAUUUAGGGAUUUAGAAUAGAAUUGGGAAUUAGAA